AUGGCACAACCCGCAAAGAAACCUAAACGGCAAACAAAAUAUUCGGCAGAAUAUCAAAAGGAAUACCCGUUUAUUCAUAAUUCAAUCAAGUCCCGAGCAAAAGAAAAGAAUGAGGACAUUAUCAUAGCUGGAUGCCCAUGUCACAUCCUUCAUAAUGCCGCCAGUAAAGCUGGAACAGCUUUCUCGGAGAUUACUGGCUUUGACAUAGAAGAUCAUUGUGUUGAUGUAUUCUACUGGUUUGAUAAAUCCAGCAAAAGGAAAAGUAUUCUCAAGGAAUGCUACGAGUUCUGUGAUAGCGAGUAUCAAGAAAUAAUAAAGUUUAUUUCAACACGGUGGCUAAGCCUGGAACUUUGCGUGAAUUGCGAGUUGAAGAAAUACGAAGGCCUAAAAUCCUACUUUCUGUUGGAGCACUUUCCAGAUGCACGGUUUAAGCGACUUGAAAGUUUCUACAACGACGCAAUUGCUGAGGUUUAUCUCCUCUUUUAUCAAGCCACUCUCCCCUGUUUUACAAACUUUAAUAAGUUUCUUCAGAGAGAAGAUCCGCUUGUUUACCAACUACACGAUGCACAACAAAGAUUUAUGCAUAAACUAGCCUCGAAAUUUAUCAAGCCUGCCGUCAUUCAAGAACAUAAGUCAAAGAAAUUGUUGUUUGCAGAAUUACAUGUCUGCGUUGAAAACCAAAGAGAUGACAUAAGCUUAGGAAUCGGUCCCCUUACGAGAAACGCCAUUAAACGGCUGCUGGAUAGUGGGGAAGUCGACCAAGAAAAGGUUGACCAGUUUUUCGAUGCAGUGAGAGCCUUCUUUAUGAAAGCGUACGAGUACUGUGUUCAGUGGCUCCCACUUGUGUAUUCGUGUUCAGUGGCUCCCAAACUGUGUAUUCGUUGA